CGCGCCAGUAAUGGCGUCAAACUCAACCUCACAGCGUCGUCAUUAACAGAGUUGCCGGCAAAUAUGAAUGGAAAUAUAUCCAAACUUGUUGCGUGCCACAAUAAAUUAUCUGUUCUAGCCAACACCACCUUCAGUUCUACAGGAAAACUUCAAGCAAUCAUACUUAGAUAUAAUGAGAUCCAUAAGUUGGAAACCGGAACAUUUAGGUAUCUUAACGAGCUUCAGGAACUUGAUUUGGGCUACAAUCUUAUUGAGUAUGUGGACGAAAAUCUGUUUAAAUACAGCCGUCUCUAUAAGCUUAACUUGGAACAUAAUUCCAUUAGCUAUUUUAGUCCGAACAUGUUGAAAUAUGCCAAUGAUUUUUGGAAACUUACAAUCGGACAUAAUAACAUCAGUGAAGUCCAUGCAUACACAUUUUUAAAUACUUCUAUAAUGGAAAUAGAUAUUUCGAGAAAUGUCAUAAAUGUAAUAGAUCAUAAGGUGUUUCAGAAUAAUGGAAAAAUAAGUAAACUGGAUAUGAGCAGUAAUGUGAUUUCGGAACUUCAUUGCGAUAUCUUAAAGUCAGCACACGUUCUGAGGCAUUUGAACAUAAGCCACAAUAAAAUUAUAUCUCUUGAUGUUAACCUAUUUAGUAACAACAUUUAUCUGGAGAUACUAGACUUAAGUAACAAUGCUAUAGAACAUAUUAAACCAACAACUUUCAAAAACAACAGUGGACUAGAUAUUUUGGACAUGAGUAACAACAAACUUUUCUCAUUACAUAAAGAUAUAUUCUUAUACAAUGUUGGCAUUACAUCAAUAGAUAUCAGCUGUAACAAUAUAGGUUACAUUCAUCCUGAUACUUUUAAAGAGAACAAGGAGCUUUCAGUAUUGAACAUGAGGGAAAACAAGUUAGGAAUUAAGGACGAACAAAUCUUCUUUCACAACAGUAAACUUCAGAUGAUUGACUUAAGUAGGAACAUAAUUGCAACCAUUAAUCCAAAGACUUUCGUGGGAAAUACUGAAAUUCGACAUCUGAACAUGAGUGCCAACAUUAUCACAGAACUUAUCCCAGGUACUUUUGACAAUAACAGAAAUCUUAUCGAUGUUGAUAUCAGCUAUAAUAUGAUAACCGAUUUGGACCAUAAAAUAUUUUCAGUGAUUCCAGUUAAAAUCUUAAACCUUCGUGGAAACAAACUGUCAAUAAAAGAGAAAUACGUGCCAUUCUUGAACGCAUCUAUUUUGGAGAAACUUGACUUGGGUUCUUGUGGAAUCACCACAUUACCACCCAAAACAUUCCAAGGUAUGUUGAAUCUGAAGGAACUCGCGCUGGAUAACAAUCACUUGAAACUCCCAGUCCGUUCUGGCCCAGAAAACAACGUAUUCAGAAAUCUGCAUCAGUUGUCAAAACUGGAUCUCUCUAGAAAUAACAUAACAGUAAUGAGUUCUAGUUUAUUAAAUGACACGAAUAAUUUGAAAUUAUUGAAUUUAUCUUUUAAUCCUGUAAUAUGCAACGGCUGUAGAACUGAAGAUAUUGGGAUUUGGUGUAGUACAAGAAGUGUUCAGUGUGUUGCAAGAUGUAAUUCUGAGGAAGGAACUGUGACAUCUGUGAGCUGCAUGAAUUCCGCAUCUAAAAACAAGAGCAUGUCGCAUAGAGUUGCAAAAGUAAGUGUGCGAAAUAUUCAGCAUCGUAACUCACAAUCACAGGUCGUCAAUAAGAAAGAGCUGGGUGAAAGUAAAACUGACGUGAGGGGACAAGUCAUUUCUGUUGCGGCGUUUGUAUCUCUGGGGGUGUGCUGUGCCCUUAUUUUAACUGGAUCUGUGCUGGCGGUCAUCAUUACAAGAAGACGACGAAGGCGGGAGAGAAGUCGUCAUUACCUGGACUAAUGCCUAAUUAAUGAAUUUUAAACAAUGGCCGCGCGGGCUUUGGGCGAUCGGUUCUUGGGGCCGUCGGUUCGAAUCCCGCUCAAGGCAUGGAUGUAGGCCAUACGACGAGCUGAUUACUUGUACGUGCAAGCAGUCACACCAAAUGUCUAAAUAGAUUAAGACGUCGAGGUCCUUCAAGGACUGUAGAGCGCAAAUAAAUCUGUACGUCUAACCUCUCA